AUAUAUAUAUAUGUAUUUCUUGUUUUGCAGUUGAAAAUAAACUGAAAUUUGUCAUGUCUCGUGCUUUCGUCCUGUUGCUAAUGCUUAUCGCAUGCACUUUCUGUAAUGCUAAUAGCUACCAAGGGAUAUCGAAAAAAGGUUGUCGUAACCCUGGGAGAAGGGGAUGUAAAGGAUUCCCAAUAGCAGACGAACCAUUCAAUAUUUACAGCGGAGAAUCUCAGGAAAGCUGUUGCUGCCUCCAGUUAAUUGGACUCUGUCCAAGAAACUACUCACCAGUAUGUGGCACAGAUGGAGUCUCUUACGGGAAUAAAUGUACACUGUGUGCAGCAAAGGGAAGACGACAAUAUAUGAAAGACCGAUCGAACCCAUUGAAAAUACACCACUUGGGUAAAUGCAGAUCUAAAAGACAAAGGUACUACUACGGGAAAGAACGUUAGGGCGUGCCUUCUGUCCACUCCGAUGUUUUUCAUAUACUUUGCAGUUCAGUUACAGUUCAAUGCAACAAACGCUAAAAAGAUUUGAAACUGCAGUUUUAGUUUUAUAUGUAAAUUUAGAGUGUCUCAAAAGUAAGUGUACACUUUUAACUUUGGUUUGCUUUUCAGGUACACAUCAUAGAGCGUUCAUUUCUUCUGAAAACAUAGUAUAGAGAUGAGUAGUAAAUUAUAGGUAUCGUCUGCAUUUUUCAUCAACCUACAGAAUGACACGGAGAUUAAUUAACCCAAGAAAUGAGGUGCAAAAUUACUGUUUGGCAAGCAGCAUACAAAUCAGUAAGGCAAACUCAGCGCCUCUUUAACAGAGAAUUUGGAAUGAAUUCGGCUCUGAAUCUUUUCCUCAGAGCGUCGGCUCCUUGGUCUUCCUGAUAUCUGUGCAAAAUUGACGAUGAAUUGCAUAAAUUGUUCGUCGUGUAGGAGCCGAAUUAAUUCCAAAUUCUCUGUUAAUGGUUUUGCCUUACUGAUUUAUAUGCUUCUUGCCAAACAGCAAUUUUGCACUUCAUUUUUUGGGUUAAUCUGCUUGUCAUUCUGUGGGUUUAUGGAAAAUGCAAACAAUACCUAUACUUAUCUAUUACUAUGUUUUCUGAAGAAAUGAACGCUCUAUGACGAUAACCUGAAAAAAAAAAAAUCAAAAUUAAAAGUGUAUACUUACUUUUGAGACACUUUGUAUAAUUGGUUGUAUAAACGCAGUUUAAGUUCCCUUUUUAAGUUCCCUUCCCCUCGAACGACCAAGUUAAGGCAAAACUGAAUUGAACCGUUAGUGUAUUUCAUACCCAGGAAGUAAUCAAGUGGCUACGUUUUCACCUUUUUUGAAGCAAGUUUUUCCAAUGUCUCUUCGAAUAGGCAUCCACGGGUGCUGUAAAGUUAUUAAUGCGAGUAAGCUUAAUUUUAGCUAUUCCGGGAUCUGAUAUUUGUUUUGUGAUUCAAUAAAAUAUCACUUGUAUAUAUA